UUCCUGCAUCAUAGCCCGCUGUUACCAUCACACGUUCACGUAAUACUCUCGUGGACAAGCUGACUUGUUGGAAAUGCUCGAGGAUCUUAAAUCUCUCUCAUAUCACAUCGGGCGUAAAAUCAGUGGAAUCAGAUCAGGAAAGUGAAGCCACGCAGGGAGAUUACUAAAAAAAAUCCUGGACCAUUUGGAUAUCCAUCAAUACCAAUUUACUUCAUUGAAGAUUGUGCUGUGGUUGGAAUUUCCCCGGCCCAGGCAGGAGCUGCCAUGCCAUUUGGUUGUUUAACUCUCGGGGAGAAGAAGGAUUACAACAAUCCCUCAGAAGUGACCGACAAAUAUGACCUUGGACAAAUUGUUAAAUCAGAGGAGUUCUGUGAGAUAUUUCGAGCGAAGGAUAGGAACACCUUGAAAAUGUACACCUGUAAAAAGUUCCACAAAAAGGACGGGAGGAAAGUGAGGAAAGCUGCCAAGAAUGAGAUAAUGAUCUUAAAGAUGGUGAAGCAUCACAACAUCCUCCAGCUGGUUGAUGCUUUUGAAACUAAGAAAGAGUACUUCAUAUUUUUGGAGCUCGCUACAGGCAGAGAGGUCUUCGACUGGAUCUUAGAUCAAGGCUACUACUCUGAGAGGGACACCAGUAAUGUUAUGAGGCAGGUGUUGGAAGCAGUAGCUUACCUGCAUUCUCUGAAAAUCGUCCAUAGAAAUCUUAAGCUGGAGAAUUUGGUGUACUUUAAUCGACUGAAGCACUCCAAAAUUGUCAUCAGUGACUUCCAGUUGGCGAAACUGGAAAAUGGACUCAUCAAGGACCCAUGUGGCACUCCAGAAUAUCUUGCUCCUGAAGUGGUUGGAAGGCAGCGAUAUGGGAGACCUGUUGACUGCUGGGCCAUAGGAGUCAUCAUGUAUAUACUGUUGUCUGGUAAUCCUCCAUUCUAUGAUGAUGGUGACGAAGAUGAAGACAGCCGUGAUAAAAAUCUUUUUCUAAAGAUUUUGUCAGGAGACUAUGAGUUUGAUUCACCCUACUGGGAUGACAUUUCGGAUUCUGCCAAAAACUUAGUGGCAUCUUUGAUGGAAGUGGACCAAGAUCAGCGAUUGACUGCACAGGAGGCUAUAGGCCAUGAAUGGAUUUCUGGAAAUGCUGCUUCAGACAAGAAUAUAAAAGAUGGAGUUUGUGCACAAAUAGAAAAGAACUUUGCUAAAGCCAAAUGGAAGAAAGCAGUUCGAGUGACCACCCUCAUGAAGAGACUUCGAGCAUCUGAGCAGGGGGAUUCUGGGGCGGCAGGGGCUGCAGGUGACCCCAACACACCCGGCAGUACGCCUGCCCCUCCAGCUGGCACUAGCGGCAGUCUUUCAGCCAGCAUAAAGGCUGCUCUUAGUGAAAAGGCUCCCGACACACAGACUGCCAGCAUCUUAACAGCCAGACAGGAAGAGCAGCCACAGGCGCGAUGCAACGGCGACAUUCCCCACAUGUUGCCACAAAGAAAAACCGAGUAGGCAUCAACGAAAUAAAAGAACAGGACCCUUGCUGACCAACGUACAUGUGUGCAGUUCAGCCAAUACAUUUGGCAUGUUGCUACAAUGUCUAUGCUGUUUGACUGUCACCCAGUUUGCAUCUUCAGUGCUGAGUUAUUUGACAACACCAUGCAUUCCAUCAUUUUGCCUUCUGUACUGAUUGGUCUGAAUAGUGUUCUCCACUCUCUUCUUAUUUUGUGUACAAAUCCCUUUAAAGAUAGUUGAAAAGUAGCCCUUUGUUGUUUCCUUUUCCCUGACUCCUGUAAGAUGUAAUUUAGUGAUGUCAUUAUCCCUUGACUCAUUGUAUAUAGAUGUAUUUGUCGGUUUCAACAAAUUGCUAGUUAUCAGCUUCAGAAUUUUCAAAUCCUGAGUUCAUGUCUUGUGAAUUAAAUUUAUAAGUUGAACUAUUUAAAAAGUGAUCAUAUCAAAGGUUAAUUUACUAAUUAAAUUAAAAUUUAUGAGAAUCACUUUUAAAAGCAUAUUUUGUGUUAGCUUUUCACAAACCUUUUUUCUAAUUUAAAUGCAAUUAAAUAGAAAUUAUAGUCUAUGCACUUAGGUGUCUUGAAUGGAAUAUGAAUCCAAUCCAGAUUUUAAAAUAGAUAUAUAGUAUGAAAAUGAUUAAAGUUAUGCUACACCUUCUAAAUAUGUAUAAUACCUAUAUUAGUGGAAAACUUAAGCCAACUUAAAAUUUAAGGCAGCAAGAAAAUUGUGUUUUUUUAAGUUAAAGUGCCUUAAUAUUUGUUGCAGUAAUGUACUGAAAUAUUUCAAAAGAAACAACUUGAUCAUAAUAGAUGACUGAUUUCUUUGAAAUGUUUUAGCUGUUUUCCUGCUUUUCUGUUUUAGAGUCUUAAGCUGAUGUGUUGAUCCUUUUGUUCUGUCUAAUUUUACACUUAAAUUAAGAUGCAGAAAACUAGACUCAAGGCAUUAUAUGUGAAGUGAUGUUUUAGACGUUGUUAUUGUGUUGUCACUUGUAAUUAGGAAAUUCAGACUUUAUAGCUGUGUCCAUGUAAUGUACCACAUUGUAUAGCUGCACCGUAGUGUAUUUUUUAAUUUACAUGUGUAUUUAGCUACAUUUAGCUGAGCUAAAAGGUUGCUCCAAUGCUUGUGGCUGAAUAAAUUGAGCAAUACUAAGAA